CUAUGGUUAGCUGCAAAUGCACCAGCAAGAAGUACACUGACUGUAAGCUGCAGCUGCUGCAGUAACUGGGGGAAGCUGCACUAUUUACUUUGGCUGUCUGUUGUGUGAAUGAACCCAGCUUAUUUGAGCAAUGUGUCCUCUAUGCUGCUCUUGAUGAAGGUGUGAUUGUUAAUCACUUUUGCUUUAUGAAAUGGAGCUGGAAGAAAAAAAUGAAUCACAAACACUUUAAGACGAAAAAAAGGAUAUUAUGGAGAUUGGGAGUCUGCCGCUGGAACUGUGGCGUAUAAUUUUGGCAUACUUACCUCUACGUGAGCUAGGGCGUUGUGGCUUGGUCUGCCGGUCUUGGUAUGAUCUCAUACUUAGCCUAGACAACACAAGAUGGCGUCAGCUGUGCCUCGGAUGCAUAGAGUGCAGACACCCCAACUGGCCCAUCCACCCUGAAGUGGAGCCCAUAUCAUGGAGAGAGGCUUUCAAACAGCACUAUGUUGCAUCCAAAACGUGGACAAAAAAUGCUCAGGACUUGGAGUCCUCCAACUGCUUGUACUUAUUCAAGCGGAAGAAAGACCGCAGGGUGCUCUAUGUUGGGUACGGUUGUGAAUAUGAAAACCUCAGGACUGCCCUUGCUUCUGCUAAUGUUUAUGACCGUAUCAUGCUUCAGCCUGGUGUAUACGAAGAGCAGAACGAGAUUAUUCUUAAGGUUCCUGUAGAGAUCAUGGGCCAGGGAAAACUUGGCGAUGUGGCACUGCUUGUCUGCAUUGACCAACAGUGCCCUACUUCUAGGCUAUGCAACUUGGUUUUUAUGCCUGCUUGGUUUACUCCGGUAGUGUUUAAGACAUCUAUAGGUCAUGUUCAGUUUGAUAACUGCAACUUUGAAAAUGGACAGCUCCAGAUACAUGCUCCGGGCACAUGUCAGAUUAAGUUUUGCACUUUCAACCAGUCCAGCAUACAUUUCCACAAUGUAGCCCUCAGUGUACUUGAAAACUGUGAAUUUGUCAACAGUGAAAACUCCUCAGUGACUGUUGAGGGAUCUCCAACCUCAGACAAAAAUUGGGCCUGCAAACACCUUUCAGCCUUUGCCAAGUCUAGGAACAUUUUAUCCAAUCCAUCUGAUGUAUCACAAUGUGCACCAGGGAGUACAGAUUGCUUGAAUAAUGGAUCACCGGGAACAAAUGUAAAAACAUGUGAGGUAGUUGUUAAUGGAGACCACGGUCACGUCCUCUCUCAUUCAAAAUCCCAGCUAUUGGAUGACAAAGCCAGUGAUAAGGAAAGUGAAGUGAAUGGGAACUUUUACACAUGCAUAGAAGGGGAAGCCAUGACUAUGGAUACAGACUACAGUGAUAGUGAAUUGAGCACCGUCAGUGAGAAUGAAGAUGAUGACCAUUCAGUGUAUAAACUGUCAUAUCAUUCACACAGCCUGAGUCACAUGGUAGCCAAGUCAAUACAGUGCCGGCCACUUACUAAUGGACUCAUCACUUUGCAGAGUGACUUGGCAUUAAAAACAUUUCAGCAAGAGUUGCAGAGGGAUAAGGAGGCUCAGACAUUGGCUAGCACGAUUCAAGGAUGUCUCAUACGAAAGUGCCUUUUUAGGGAUGGUAAAGGGGGAGUUUUCAUUUGUUCUCAAGGGCAAGCUAGACUGGAAGGGAGCAUCUUCAGGGACCUGACCUAUGCAGUGCGAUGUAUACAGAACAGCAAGGUUAUUAUGCUAAAGAACGAUAUCUACCAUUGCAAAGCAUCGGGUGUUUUCUUGCGCUUGGCAGCUGAAGGUCUUAUAGCUGACAAUAACAUCUAUUCAAAUACUGAAGCAGGAGUGGACAUCCGCAAAGGAGCUAAUCCAUUUAUAUUGUGUAACAGGAUACACAGUGGCCUCCGUUCAGGCAUUGUUGUCCUAGGCAACGGGAAAGGAAACAUUCGCAGCAAUCAGAUCUAUGGAAAUAAAGAAGCUGGCAUUUAUAUUUUGUACAAUGGGAACCCUGUUGUGAGCGGAAAUCAUAUUUACCAAGGGCUUGCUGCUGGAAUUGCUGUGAAUGAAAAUGGAAGAGGCCAAAUAGCAGAGAAUGUUAUUCGUGAAAAUCAGUGGGGUGGCGUGGAUAUCCGAAGAGGUGGUGAUCCAUUUCUAAGAAGUAACCUCAUAUGCUGUGGGUAUUCUGAUGGAGUAGUUGUGGGAGAACGAGGAAAAGGUCUCAUAGAAGGAAAUACUAUAUAUGGAAACAAAGGCUGUGGUAUAUGGAUAAUGUCGUCAAGCCUCCCACACAUCACCAGCAACCACAUUGGACAUAACAGUAUCUAUGGGGUGGCUGUGUUUUGUCGAAAAGAUGAUGCCAGUGACUACCUGGCCAAUCAGGCUGGGAAUGAAAAUUUCAAUGAUGAAGGGGAGGCAGCAAACUGGGAGAAUGAUUUGGAUAGUGAAGAUGAUCGGUUUUCCUCAAGAAGGCCAAUCAAUGUAGCACUUAUUGAAUCUAACAGCAUUAAUCACAACGGAGCUGCUGGAUUGUAUAUAAAAAGCAGUGAAGCACUGAAUAUCAUAGCUAACGCCAUACAUGCAAACCAGGAUAGUGGGCUGACUGUGUUCCAGAGCACCCAGCUGACAAGAAUUGGCAACAACAGUAUCUCUUGCAAUAGGUUAAGUGGUGUCCAUGUGGAAGCAGGAUGCAGAGUGGAGUUAAGGGGAAAUGGCAUCUAUGAUAACAGGAGUCAUGGAAUUGCCUCCAAGGGAGAUGGAAUCAUCAUUGAGAAUGAUAUUAUUGGAAAUCGAGGAUGUGGGCUCCAGUUGACACAGGCUGCAGACAUGAAGGUAACCAGAAACAGGAUUCAGUCGGUACACAACUAUGGUAUUGCACUCCUUGAGCAAAGUAAAGGACUUGUCCAAGAAAACACAGUUUAUCAAGGAAAAUCAGGAAAAAACAUUCUGCAGCGCUUGUCUAACAAUGAAGACUGUAUUGUCCAAAACAACAAACUGCUUACUUUCAAGAAAAAGUCAGAUGUAGCCUGGAAAUUGGAGAAUCCUCCUGCUAGGCCAUACAUAGAAGGAUGCACAAGAGGAGUCUCCAGCACACAAAGCAGUCAGAGGGUUGCAACAGUGACCACCAGAAUAGCUGCACGGGUGGAAGGACGCUGUCAUAACAACGGGAGCAUAUUCUGUACUAUUCUUUGACUACAGAAUAUUUAACAUCAUACGGUGCAAUAUGGACAUUACAUUUAAAGAGAAGAUGUAAUCCAACCAAAUUACAGAUUCAGUCAUAUCGGCACCUUUAUGACUUCUCUAAAUGUACUUCCCUUGUCAUUGGUUGGAAAUGAGUACAAGAUCUAAUACGGGAUUGUUUAUUUCCCCAGAUGCACAGUGUGUGUAAUGCGAGAGAGAGAACAAUCUUACAUCAGAAAUUGUAAAAAUGUACAUAAGUAUUUUUAUUACUGUUUUUAAACAUGGUAAUGACCAUGACUUUCAGGUUUGGUCAUUUUUAUGGAUUUAAUAACCUGAAUGUAAAAGAAAAUUUGUAUUAUACAGUUAAAUAUGUCCUAAUUUAAUUGUGUAUUUUCUAUGACAAGGCCCAUGUGUAGUAUGUUGUUAAAUUACAAGAUAUCUACAAUCAACUUUUCCUGUAGACCUUUCAGGUGCUGGAGUAGGACAGGCGUGUUCUAACACAACGCGAGCAGUGAAGACAUCUUUGAAUGAAUAAGUGGGUAUGGCAGGGAUUUCAUUGUACUGUGUAUUUUAAAACAAGAAGAUUGUUGACAACAGGACUGACAUUGAUCCAAUUGUACAAGACAUGGUACUUUCUUGGAUUUAAACUUUUGGUUGCCCAAUGUCUAAGUCUUUAAAAGAAAUAUUUACUUUACCAAUGGUAUGUGAAUCUAAUUCUUCAUUGACUUACCUGUCUGUCAGCCACAAUAUCAUUAAACAGCAUGUUACCAAAACAUAUUUACACAAUUUUAUACCAUUGAUCUAAUAGAUUCCAAUUCUAACAUUACUAAGUAACAUAAAGCAGAAAUGCUACACCCUUUAUGAUUACUAAAUGCCAUUAAAGCAACACGUUAAAGCGUGUUUGAAACCUAUCAUUUUACUUACAGUUUAAUUUUAAUACUGUUUACAUUUAUGAGCCAAUCAAUGCUUGCAUCUUCUGUAUAUCUUACAUGCUCACUGCCUUGCUAUCUUUUCCAUUAUCAUUUAGUUAAGCAAAUACCCCCAUUUUAAAAUAUAUUUUUCAAGGAUGCUUCUGUGGUUAUUUACAUUUUUGUUGUAAGGCAAAUAGAAACAAGUAGCGCUCAAACAAUCAAGCUGUGGUAGUUGUCUCUAUCAGCAACUGAGCAAAAGAAAUGCUAAGUCUUCAGCAUGAUUUAACUAUUAGUUUCAAUUUAAACAAUUUUUAAAUUGAACACUAGGUGGCAGCAUUAUUUCAUACCAUGUUGUGCUCCAGACAACUACCUAGGUAUCUCUUUAACAAAGAAUACCAUGGAAACAAAGCACAUUUGAUAAUAGAAAUAAACAGGAAACUUUUUUUUUAAAUUGUAUGCUCUGUCUGAAUCACAAAAUAUUUGUAGAGGGUUUCAUAUCCCUUUAAAUAAAUAACUGCUGUAUUUUCAUAUACGUAACAGAACCGGUUUGGGUACAACAAACUACACACAAAAGCAAGUAAUAGACUAUUGAGCAGCAGAUAAUGGAGUCUACUGCAAUCUUAAGUUAAAUCUGUAUAUGCUUUAUAAAUGGCCCUAUUUUUGCUAGAAAUGUUCACACCCGUUUAACAGAAAUGCUAUCCUCAAUACAAAAUACUCUGUCUGCUUGAUAAAACACCACAUUCUUCUUUAAUAAGAUGCCACCUACUAUUAUUUAUUUCUAUACCACCUUUUGCCUACAACAUGGUAUACUUUUAAUUUAGUUCUUUUUUUUUUUUACACAAUUCAGAAUCCUGUUUGUUUCUUGUUACGGUGUCAUAAACCAUGCGAAGCAGUGUACAUCUGACUACUGGCUUAUAUUUAAAGGGCUUUGCAAGUUCAAAUGUAUUUAUUAUUUAUAAUUGUAUCAUUUUUCAUACAUGUAGUGUAGCAUUUCCUAAACUACAAAGUAAAUUCAUUAUAUUUAAUUCUAAGUGCUAUAAAACUCACAA